AUGGAGUACUUGAAAAUAACUAAUGCUUCCAAUGUUACUUUGCAUAGAAGAGGUAUCUCCAUUAAUGGCGACCUUCAUCUAACUACCCACCACCUAAUAUUCGUAUCCAAAAUCAACUCCAGAUUGAAAGAAUUAUGGAUUUGCUAUCCAAUGAUCAAUCAUCUUGAGAAAAAUUUGGGCUCUUCGUUGAUUGAUUUAUUAACCAUAUCAAAUGACAACGAUAACACUAAUAACAGUAUUCCGUCAAAUGGCAUAAAUCUCAACAACUACAAUAAUCUCUCAGCUAAUAUAAACAACAACGCUUCUACAGGUGAAUCCAUCGACAAUUUAGAUCAUUUGAAAAAUCUCAAGUCGCUCUAUAAAGGCUCUUGCCUAAAAAUAAAAUGCAAAGAUUUCUCAAACUUAUCCAUUGACUUCGUGGAUGAUAAAAUCUGUCAAGAUGUUUUUGACUCAAUCAUUAAAUUAACUUGUCUUAGCACAAUCGAAAAACUAUAUGCUUUUCUAUAUCAACCAAUAUCCCUAGAGAAAAAUCUUCCACUUAAUUCUUGGUUCAUUUUCAAUCCACAGAAUGAGUUUAAAAGGCAAGGCUUAAAUCUAUUGAUCAAUAAUCAUGAAUACAAUUCAAUCCCUCCUCUUUAUCCCGGUUCAAACUCCUGGAGAUUCUCAAACAUUAAUUUGAAUUACCAAUUAACUCCAACUUAUCCCAGUUUUCUUAUUGUACCAUCUUCAAUUUCCGAUAAUCUAAUUAAAUAUGCUUCAAAAUUUAGAUCGAAACAAAGAAUCCCAACUCUAUCCUACUACUAUAAAAAAAAUGGCUGUACAAUAACAAGAUCUUCUCAACCUUUAACCGGUUUAAAACAGUCAAGAUCAAUUCAAGAUGAAAAAUUAAUCGAUGAAAUCUUCAAGUCAAAUCAAAUUAUAAAUAACAAUAAUACAAUAGUCAUAAAUAACAAUAAUAACAAUAAUAACAAUAAUAACAAUAAUAACAAUAAUAAAAAAUCUGUCAGAAGAUUAAAUCUUAUCAUAGAUGCAAGACCUCAAACUAAUGCAAUGGCUCAGACUGCUUUAGGUGCUGGCACUGAAAUUAUCGACAACUAUAAAAACUGUAAAAGAAUUUUUCUAGGUAUUGACAAUAUUCAUGUAAUGAGAGACUCAAUUACUAAAAUCAACAACAUCCUAAAAGAUUCCGAUAUCUUGAAAAAUCCUUUAAUUACAAAGGAUCUAUUAGAAAAAACUAAUUGGCUAAAAUAUAUCAACAUCCUUUUAAGCAGUACUGAUUUGAUAGUUAAAUCAAUUCAUUUUAACAAUGUUCACACUUUAGUUCACUGUUCCGAUGGCUGGGAUAGAACUGCUCAAGUUUGUUCUUUGGCCCAAAUUUGUUUAGACCCCUUUUUCAGAACUAUUGAAGGUUUUGCCAUCUUGAUUGAAAAAGAUUGGUUAUCUGCUGGUCACAGGUUCAAUGAAAGAUCUGGCCAUUUAUCCUCUGAAACAAAAUUUGUAAAUAAUUGUAAACUAUCAAAAUCCUCAUCCAAAAAUUCAAACUUAAAUCAAACUUCAAGUGUUUUCGUAAAUUCAAAUAGAAGCUACAGCAAUAAUAAUCUUAAUAAUCUAUAUAAAAAUGCAAAUCUCAAUAACGAUAACAAUAACAAUUCAAAUUUAAUCAACUCAAGCCAAAAUUCUUCAACUUCUUCACUAAAUUCAACAAAUAACAAUAAUAAUAAUAAUAAUAAUAAUAAUAAUAAUAAUAAUAAUAACAAUAAUAAAAAUUCAAAUUCUCCUUUUGGAUUUUCUUUAGAAUCAAUUACAAAUUCAGAAUCUUUCAACCAAGCAACUGGUGCUUUUUAUUCAGUUUCAAAUCAUUUUAAGAAGCAAAAACAUUUGAAAUUUACUUCACCUAUUUUUCAUCAAUUUUUAGAUAGUGUAUACCAAUUAUUAAGACAAAAUCCAAACAAGUUUGAAUUCAAUGAAAGAUUUUUAAGAAGACUAUACUACCAUUUAUAUUCCUGUCAAUAUGGUAAUUUUUUAUGUGAUAACGAAAAGGAAAGAGUAACAAAAAAAAUAUCUGAAAGAACAAGAUCAGUUUGGGACUAUUUUCUAGCAAGAAAAUUAGAUUUUACUAACCAAACUUACAUUAAACCAUUUGAUCUUGAUGAUUAUGAUAAUAAUGUUAUAAUACCAAAUUCUGAAGAUAUAAGGUGGUGGUAUCAAUUAUUUGGCAGAUCAAAUGAAGAAAUGAAUGGCGAAUAUGAUAGGCAAAAUGCCUUAAUGAAAAAUUUUGUAAUUCCCAAACAAAAUGGCAAACAAAUUAAGUCUAUUCAUUCUUUUAAAACAAGCGAUCGUACAUAG